UUGUCUUCGUCUCUGCAGCCUGUUCGGUUGUUGUGUAUUCGCUUUAAGUUCGAUUAGUAGAGUCUGGAAACAUGGCAUCUUCGGAGGACGCUGGGCAACCAGGACAGCAGACAGGCUCUCCUCAGGGAAAGGAUGAUUCUGCAACUCCAAGAGAGCAACUGAUUGCCACAGCUGUAAAGUUCUUGCAAAAUCAGAGAGUCCGACAGAGCCCACUUGCAACAAGAAAGUCAUUUUUGAAGAAGAAAGGAUUGACAGAUGAAGAAAUUGACCUGGCUCUUCAGCAGUCGGGCAGCACAGCAGACGAGCCCCAGUCACUGGUUCCUUCGGCACAACUGCAAAUGCAGCCCCCCCAUCAUACACCUUUAGCAUAUACUUCUCCAAAUUCCAGAUGGCGAGAUUAUGGUGCUGUAGCUGUCAUCCUGGCUGGCAUAACAUUUGGUUUCCAUCAACUUUAUAAGAAAUACAUCGUCCCCUUGAUUAUGGGCAACAGAGAGGACAAGAAACAUCUGCAACGAAUUGAGUCAAAUAUUUUGGAAAUGAGUGGCACUGUGACACAAACAGUGACACAGUUGCAGUCAACGUUAUCUUCAGUUCAAGAGCUGCUGGUCCAGCAACAACAAAGAAUACAAGAGCUUUCUCAGGAACUGGCUGCGUCAAAGGCUACAACUUCCACUAAUUGGAUGAUGGAGUCCCAAAAUAUUAAUGACCUUAAAGCAGAGAUCUCAUCUUUAAAAGGCCUACUUUUGAACAGGAGACAGUUCCCACCUUCCCCUUCUGCUCCGAAGAUUCCUGCAUGGCAAAUCCCUGUGAAGCCUACCACAAUAAGCAGUAGCCCUGCAACAGUUAAUCACAAUAGCAGCAGUGACAUAUCACCUGUCAGUAACGAAUCGGGCACAUCAUCACCCAUAAAAGAAAAUCACAGCCCUGAGGGAGCAAUCCUCAAUUCUCCCAUACUGAAUGGGGAAGAUGUUGAGAUAGAUGUCAAAGGUCAAAUCCGAAUGGAAGUCCAAGGAGAAGAGGAAAAAAAAGAAGAAAAUGAAGAUGAAGAUGAUGAUGAUGAUGAUGACGAUGAUGUCAGCCACGUCGAUGAAGAAGACUGCCUCAGUGUCCAAACAGAAGAUAGGAAAGGUGGAGAUGGACAGAUCAAUGAACAUGUUGAUAAACUGCGUCGUCCAGAAGGAGCUAGUAAUGAAAACUAAACCAUUACGUUCAUGACCAAAUGAAUUUCAGAUGUGUUUUCCAAAACAAGCAUAAUUGCAUUAAUUUACUGUAAUUAACUGCCAUGUAAUACCUUGAUUGUCCAGUGCACUACCAGAUAAACAGAGGCUGUGGCCACCCUCUCUAUAAUUUCCGUGGCUUAUUACAUGAAACUGCAGAUUGUUGCAACAUUAUUGCAUGGCCAGACCCAGAGCUGACUGAUAAAUAUAUAGAACUUUUUGAUCACUGCUCUUGUUAUGAUAUUUGAAUUUAUUUGUCAGACUAGCCAAACAGAAAUAAAGUAUCUUCUUUACAAUGUA